ACAUAUCAGUGUUUAUUUUGAAAAUCAAACGAAAUGUUCAACCGUAAAUUUUUGCUCAUUUGCGUGGCAUUUGCUGGCAUUGCUGCUCUGGUCAGUGGCAGUCCUCACGGCGAUGGCGAUGGCGAAGUGCCGCCCCCAGCAUUCGGUGGACUCGGUGCACCCAGGACGUUGAGUGGAGCGGAGCUGGAAAACGCUCAUGCGACGCUGAAAGCCUCCCUGGACAGACUGGCCGCUGGCGAGGGACCCAGCUAUCGAGUCUCGAAAAUUCUGUCAGCCUCCGUGCAGGUGGUCGCUGGCUCGCUGAACUCGUACAUUGUGGAGCUAAUUGAGCCGAAUGGCAUCACCAAAGUGUGCGAAGUGCGGAUCUGGUCCAGGCACUGGCUGCCCAAUGGCAUUGAGGUCACCUUCAACUGCCCCAACGAGCCGCAGGUGAUCAAGUCCCACAAUGCCCCACCACGAAUUUGAAUGCAAUAAAGUUUGGCAUUUUCUC